UUGGUCGAAUACGAACUGUCAUUUGGUGCGGAAGCCACCAAGUAUUCGAGUAAACUUCGUUCCAAUGCGAAAUCUCAUCUCAAAGGAAGAUUUAAAAAGGAAGACAACGUUAAAGGCAAUCAUUUAUGUUCACCCCUUGAGAAUGAGCGUUCCCGGCAAGCGAACGGUUGAUCACUAAGCGUGUUAAACAAAGAAACUACAAAUUCGCACAACCAGACCAUGACUUAUCAGACUAGUAACGGAGGAAAUAUGACGGGGUCCGCAGACAACCAUACUCGUCCUGGGAAUUCUGCGAGUUUUGGAAUCCCUCCUGAUACAAUACCCGCCGUGGUUAUCAUGGUUUUCGUCCUGGUGAUAAAUAGCAGUGUCAUCUUGCUUAUAAGUUGUUACUCGUGCCUGAGAACUACAAGCAACAUCAUCUUGGCCAGUUUAGCAGUGUCAGACUUUCUGGUGGGAUUUGUCGGCAUUCCCCUCCUUGUGACCUGCAGUAGUGCUACACACCUAACUUCCGUAUGCACGAGUUCCAUCAUAUUCUUCACAUUUAUGGCCCUGUCAACCGUGCUGCACAUCACCGUAAUGACCUGCGAUCGUUACAUUUAUAUUAUGUGGGCCUUACGAUACCCUGAAAUUGUCCGUCGCAGUAGAGUUUUUACAGUCCUUGCAAUCACAUGGAUAAUCAGUCUUGGUCAGUCUUUAGUUCGCCUGUCGUGGACUUGGAAUGUCAGCGUUGCUACAGCUGUUGAAGACUUGGCUCUGGUCCAAGAGAAGGAAACAAUAUACUUUUUGUUCAACAUCAUCGUGUUCUUCUUUAUUCCUCUAAUUGUCAUGAUCGUCCUUGAUGCGCACAUGUUGCUGUUGCUUCGCAGGCAGUGUCAGAGAAUUGCGCGGGAAAAUCUUCCCGCGGAGUUUGUAAGGCGCGAGAAGAAGUUGCAACGGCGCCAACGGAGAGCUGUGUUGACAUGCGUGCUGCUUCUAAUCCUGUACGUCAUCUUCUGGCUACCGUAUUUCAUUCUGGAGCUCGUUCAACAACAUCACCCUGGUAAGUUACCUUACCUAGUUGUCAUCACCAUCUACUAUCUGCGUCUGUGUACAUCGUUGUUCAACCCGCUUACUUACACUCUGAGAAAAUACGACCUGAGAUCCAGAGUCAAAAGCAUCUUUCAAAGGAUGUUUUUUAGUUGGCGUAAGGAUGAAUCGGAGAUGGAAUAUACAAGAGGAACUAAUCUGGGUCACGGUCCUGUGGCCUCAGUGUAAACAACUUGUUGACUGGAAACAAGAGAGAACUUUAAUUAAGUCUAAGAAAAUUGAAAACGCAGCUUUAUAUCUAUGGCUAGGCCUACAGUCCACAUUGAUCCGUCACGACAACGGAGCUUUUCGAAAACGCUCUUCAAACUAAAGGAAUUUGAAAACGCCGGCUUUACGUUUUAAUU